UAGUCUCGUAGCAGGUAGCAGGUGUCGGUGCGAACGCAAACACCGCCUAUUCGCAGGAUCCUUCUUUGAGCAGAUCGAAUCCCGCCGCACCUGCGCAUCGUGGAUUUGUUGCAGAUUUGUUGUUUUUCACGUCAAAUAUUGUGCUACGUUGGAUGAAACCAUGUUCGAAAUGAUUGAUUUUAUGUCAAGUAUCUCUAGCACUUAAUCGGCUGCACAUCAUAGGCUCGCAUUACGUCUUUCGGCCGCGGAAAGCAGUGUUCCGAUCAACAUGGGUGAAGCGACAAUUGAAAAUAUGCCUUUAACGGCAGAUAAUCUGCAGAUGUUAAUCUCUCAUUUUUACACCAGAAGCAAUGACCCUACAGAGCAAAUGAGAGCUCAUUCUCUCCUAUCGCAGGCUCAGGCUUCUCCAGCUGCUUGGAGUUUUGUUUGGGAUCUCCUCUACCUAAAUAAACCAGCCGAAGUACAGUUUUUUGCUGCAUCUACACUUCACCUGAAACUUGUCAAAUACUGGACUGAACUUCCUCAAGAUCAGAGACCCGCAUUACGCGAGAAGCUCAUGUCAACAAUCAUGACUUUUUCUUCUGGGCCUAAAAUAGUCUUGAGUCGCUUGUGUAUUGUGAUGGCCACCAUGGCAUUGCAAAUGCUCCCAGAGGAUUGGCCAAAUGCCAUAGAGGAAAUUAUGGAACAUUUAAUAUCUUCAAGGCAAACCCAGAUAUCACCAGACAGGGCACUUUGGAUACUACUUGAAACACUUACUGUGUUAGCAGAGGAGACACAAACCAGUACUCUACAACAGCAGCACCGUGAUGCUGUGAGAACUAAACUUGACCAAGCAGCUCCAGAAGUAUUCAAACUUUUGGAAAGGACUAUACCAGAGGGCAUCAAUGAUCCUUCUGCUGGAAGUGUGGACAAUGUUUGUCAGGCAAUGCGUUGUUCUAGUGCGUGGCUUCAACUUCAGCUUCCUUUGUCACUUUGUGACACAUUGUCCACACGACUUAUAAAUAUUGUCAGACUGUGUAGUCAAGGACAUGAUACGAGUAAUGCUGGAAUGGCUGAUUUAGCUGUUGAUGCUCUCACUAAUUUAUUGUGUCGCCCUAAUAGUCACAAAUUUCCUACAACUGUUAUGCAGAUCAUGGAAAAAUAUGUCGGUCUAUUGGAUAUAGUGCAAUUUCAGCUCAAUUCCCCUGAGCCUGAUGAGGGCUUGGUUUGUGCCAUCUUCACUUUGAUGGUGACUGUAGCUGAAAGCCACUCUCAUUUGCUUCUGGAUUCUCUUCUCAUGCCUGAAGGGACUCAAUCAAGGAACACUGCAAUGCGCCUCAUUCAAGGAAUUCUUCAGUGUUCAAACAUGCCAGGCCAGUAUCCACUUGACGAGAACUGUUCUCAAAUGGCGUUCGGAUUUUGGUAUAUGCUUCAGGAUGAUGUAAUUGGUUCUGAUCCUACUCCCUACCAUCAACUAGUUCAAUUAUUGGCACCUGUAUAUGCCACCCUAGCUGAAAUAUUGUUACACAAAAGUAUGUUACCUGAACGAAGCGACUUGGAAAGGAAUUGGAAUAGCGAAGACAGAGAGAGCUUUCGUUGUUAUCGCCAAGAUGUAGCAGAUACGCUGCUUUACUGCUACUCUAUUCUUCAUGAAUCCUUGCUCCAAUUAUAUUGGAAUAAGUUAGAUGCUGCUCUCUUGAGCUUACAAGCCAAUCCUACCUCUUGGCGGCAUCUAGAAACAGUCUUGCAUGGGUUUUUGUCUGUUGCUGAAGUUGUUCCCAUGGAAGAAGACCGCUUUCUGCCAAACCUGCUUGCAGGACUCAAGGCUUUGCCUUUAACCCAAUUGGAUGUACGAGUCGCCGGAACUGUUUUGGAUACUGUUGGUGCUUAUGCAGAGUGGAUUAACCAUCACCCGGCGGCCCUGAGGGACGUGAUGCCCCUUCUCCUGAUGGGUCUGGAUUGUGCAGAAGUCGCAACUUCAGCCACAAUGGCACUGAAAGAUUUAACGAGGGAUUGUCAGCCUUCUAUUGCACCAUUCUGUAGCCCCAUUCUUCUAUCAGCCAAGCAAGCUUUAGCUACCGGCCAUUUAAAGGCAAAUGAAAGUAUCCGAAUGAUGUCUAUUUUAGGAAGAGUGUUGUCAAUAUGUCCUUUGCCUGACAUACUUGCUUAUUUAGAUGAAGUCCUGCUGCCUCGAGUGACAGAAUUGCAAGAAUUAGCUCAUCAGCUUCCAAAUGCUCAUGUCAAGGCAAACAUCCUUCUUCGCCUCCGCAUGGUUAGCACUUUAUUUUCAACAUUGGACACAAGAUUACCCUCAGAUGAAGAAUUACCUGAGGCUGGUGUUGCGGCACCGGUAAGACCCCAUACGGGUGAGGGAGAUGCCCCGCACGUUCAGCCUGUCCAAGUGAUCCUCCGCUGGCUUCUUCCUGUCUUAAAAACUGUGGUUGACCGUUGGGCUAGUGAUGAGCACAUCAUGACGGCUGUGAGCGCCUCGUUAAAGUAUGCUUCUGGAACACUUAUGGAUGACUGUAAACCACUCCUUCCAGAAAUGGUCAAUAUACUAGUUGUGGCAUUUAAUUUAUAUCCACAGGCUUCACUCUUGGACACAGCCAAACAGUUGAUGGUCAUGUUUGCUCUGGAGGCUGAUCAGGCAGAGCUGAUGCGAGCCUUAAUGGCUGAUUGCACCUCAGUCUUCGUUGGUAUUUGUGUUGCGUUUCCAAAUUUAUCACUUCAAUCUGAUCUUAUUCAAGCAUUCUACAAUAUGCAUCUCAAAUUAAUGAAAAAGGAUGCAAACAUGGUUGCUUUGGCUAUUAAUAGUAAUUUAGCAGAAGUUUUUAAAUGUGCUAUGACGUCUCUCAGCUUGCCUGAAUGUGGGGCGUCUAAAGCCGCUGCCGGUUAUCUGUCAUACUUCAUAUUAAACGGUGCAGAAACAUCUCAAUACCAUCAGAUAGUUAAGGAGAAUGGCCAAGAUCUCACGACUCGAGUUUUAAAAUGCAUUGGCGGAGAAACACCCAGACAGUGUCUGGAUCCUAUAAUAGAUGUUUUAUUAGCUCUCAAUAAAAGGUUCUGUGAAGAUCUGGCGAGAUGGUUGCCAAGUAUACUCUCUCAAGAGAAUUUCCCCACCCCUCGUCCCUCUGUGCAAGAAAAGGAGCAAUUUGUUCAAUCUGUCUUGAGAGAACGUGCCAACAAAAGGAAGCUUCAAGAAAAAGUCCGAGCUUUUUCUCUUUUGUGUAGGGGUUUGGUUAAUGAGUAUGGUGAGCAGCAGCCUUCCCCAUUUUUCUGACCCGUUUGUUCUGACAAUGAUUCACUAUGUGAUUUUUUGCUCAGUGAAUAACUUUUUUCUGUUUCUCUUGAUGUUUGUGUGUUGUUGUCCACCUUUUAAUUAAUGCAGUUUGUGUAGAAAUUUCAAAGUCUAUUCCAUAUGGUUUUAUAAUUUAUUUGUACAGUCAUGUCUAAUUUGGAGGGUGGUGUUUCCUCCUUGUUCUAUGUUACAAUUGUGAUUAUGUCCAACUCCUGCCCCUUCUUUCUUACAUAGUGGUCUAAGGGAGCCUUAACUGCUCUCCUUUUAAUGUUACAUAUUAGUCUACUGUUUGCAUAUCAGCGAGAAACUGUAAAAUAGCUUUCCCCAUUUGACCAUACUGUUAUAGUAAGUUAUGCUCUUGACCUGAUCAUGAAUUAAUUUUAGUUUGGAACUGUAGUUGUAAGCACAGCUCAGCUGUGAUGAGAAUGGAUUGGUUGUUGACCUGACCUGUAAUCUUGCCAAAUUUAGAGACAGUUGAAUUGUCAUUAAUGCAUGCAUGUAGCUUUGUUUUAUUAUAUUGGGUCAUACUUCUCAACUUAAGAAGGGAUGUCUAAUCUCUGUGUAACCUGGAUAGCUUGACUUUAAAGGAACUCGCUUUAUGUUCAGGUUUUCUAUUGGGUUCAGUUUUGAUAGUAGUAAAUGGAUGUGCUGCUGAGAAGUACCACCCAGUAUAAACUUGAGUUGUAAACUCACUAGUUAGUUUUAUAAAUGUGUCGAACAAUUUGAUGUACUUUAAAAUGGCAAGUUUCUGCAAGCCAUCCUCAAUCUUAUCUUAAACAAAUUAUUGUUUGUUUUUGUUUUUAAUUCUGUGAUUGAUCAUGGUACAAUUAUCAGCUCCAGGUGAGAAUUUUAUGAUGUGUUGAACUUAUUGUAGAAUUACUUUGUAUCACAGUACAUGUAUGUAGAAGGGAAAAAAUUGUAACCGCAUUCUAUAUACAAUUUUACACAAAGUGUAAUUAGAUGGUAGUUGUUCACUCUAGUCAGACAUUGUUGAGAUGUUACUUUUCUGGUAUUAAAUAUAUACUGAUAUGACCACUUACAUAUCUGAUUCAGUCAAUCAUACCUAUGUGGUUUGCUUUUCUGUGAAUUAUUUAUUUAUGAUAAUAAAUUUAGGAAAUAAAUCUAGGAACUGGUGAUGUAUGUUUUCUUGUUAUCGUAUCUUGUUGUUUCUUUUAUAUCAACCAAUUUUCAGAUUUGUUGUAUUCAAUACAAUGUUUUUUCACUUUGCGGACAGCUGCUUGGAUGCAUGUAAUGCACCAUAGUUGAGGCAACAUUCCUUAAUAUUGAAUCUAUUUUCCCGAUGUUAAUGUAUCUUGAAUCAGGAUGAAUGUGGUCUGUGUAUUUUUUCAUUUUUCCAAUGUCUUAUCAAUUCUACACUCCGCCUCAGCUGUGAAGAUUUCGUAGAUAACAAUUAUUUGACGGGGUAUACCGUUUUACUUUAAAUCAGAUAAAGUUUUUGAAUUUUUUGGGAUGUGUUGGAAGAACCAUGUGCAUAUCCUAUAUGACCGUUGUGCAUUAUACAUAACAGUUUCUCAACUUGUUUAUUAACAAAGAAGUCUGAAUGUGAUUUUUUUAGCAUUCCUGCCAUCUAUGAGAUUUUUUGUCAGCAACUGAAUGCAUUGCUUCUAGACGUAUCUCUUAAGUGAGUGAAUAAUGUGUGUUUAAUUGUCUUGUAUGGCAGAAACUGCUUGUAGUACUUUAUGGAGACUAUUUAGUUUUAUCAACUAGGUGGUUACUUACAUGAAGUAGCCUUCAAAAAGAUGAAUGUUUGUUUCGUUCUUAAUUAUCCCUCUUGUAAUUCACUGGAAAUCUAUCUUAUCAUCCAGAGUUGAGUUCAUUUUAUUUCAGGUUGAAAAGUUCAUUAGUCACAGCUGGUGAAUCAUAUUUUUUGCACUGUGUCUGUCUACUAUCUGUGUGUUUUGAGUGUAAUUUAUUGUUUGCACUGUGAUACUAUGUGUAAGGUUUGAUCUGAUAUUCUUUUAAAGAAAGAAAUUUGAAGUCAAGGAGGGUGCCAAGUAAGGGGGCUUUCCCUCUCCUCCGCCCACUGUACUUAGUUGUUUACAUUGAUUUUUAAUGCUGAAAUGAUGCUGAAGUUAAAUGCAAAAAAAAAGUGUGAAGACCCUUGAA